GGGACACUUCUUGGUGCUCACCGCACGGGUGACAUUCUCCGUCAUGAUCACGAUGCGGAUAUUUCACUUUUACUAAACUCAGACCCAGGAGAGGCGUUCCGCGAUUUAGCAAAGAUAGGUAUCGUUGCAAAUGGCUUAGUGGCGAAACUCGGAUCGGUGUCUCUUGACUUUGUGAGAUGGAAACCUGUAAACACAACGAUUCACGGGAAAACCGAGGUCAUGUUGCACAAAUUUUAUCCGUCAUGGGUGAAGGAUAAUAUGGUGGUUAGGUAUCAUCAUAAGUUAGAGACUUUUCCUCAAUCAUGGGUGAUACCUUCACAGAAAAUUAAAUUCCAAGGAGUUGAUGUAGCUGUUCCUAAUCCCCCAGAAAGGUUAUUGUCCUUCAGGUAUCCUUACACCUUUGGAACGUUUGGAGUCCAGUUUCCUUAUAAGUGGAAGUGCUGGGUUCCCUGUUUGUUAAGAAAGAGCGUUGGGUGCUAA